AUGACCCUCCCACCCCUCCCCCUCCCCGCAGGCAUAACAAGCCGCAACAUCCAAACCAGCGAUCUAAACAUCCACAUCCUAGAAGCUGGCCAAACUACAGCAAAGGAAAAACCACUGAUCAUCCUCCUGCAUGGCUUUCCAGAAAUCGCCUACUCAUGGCGUCGCGUGCUCCCUAAAUUAGCGGCAGCAGGCUUCUACGUCGUAGCCCCAGAUCAACGCGGCUUUGGCCGCACCACAGGCUGGGACACGAGCAGCUAUGAGGAUGUCGACCUUUCAACCUUCUCACUGUCCAGCUUGGUUCGUGAUAUUGUGCUCCUCGUACACGCGCUAGGCUACCGCUCCGUCCGCUGCGUCGCCGGCCACGACUGCGGUGCUGUAUCGGCCGCCAUGUGCGCCCUAAUGCGCCCUGAUUUCUUCCAGAGUGUGGCACUCAUGAGCCAUCCGUUCAACGGGGCCCCGGACCUACCGUUCGAUACGGCGAACGCGGAUGCCGCCGCGGGUGGGUCUAAUACGGCGGCAGCGGCAGGCGGUGCGGGCGGUGCCGAGGGGUCGGCUGCUGCGGCGGGGAUCCAUGAGGCGCUUGCGGAGCUCGGACACAAACAUUAUAAGUGGUAUUACUCGACUAAGCAGGCUGGGCCUGAGAUGUCAAACCUCGAGCCCGAGGAAAUGCAUCGCUUUUUGCGGGGAUACUUUCAUCUGAAGAGUGGUUCGUGGCCGGGAAAUCGGCCACAUCCGCUUGAGAAUUGGUCUGCGGCUAACUUGCUCCAAUUGCCUGGGUAUUACAUCAUGCCGUUGAAGGAGACGAUGCCUGCGACGGUAGCGCGCGAUAUGGCACAUGAGUCGUCUGACAGUCUGGCCUCGCACUCGUGGCUGCCGGAUGAGGAGCUUGCUGUUUAUGCGGGUGAGUAUGGCCGCACGGGCUUCCAGGGUGGAUUGAAUUGGUAUCGUGUUCGCACCGCUGCUGGAGGCCGGCAUACUAAGGAUUUUGAUGUCUUUGCUGGGAAGAAGCUCGAGCCGCCUUGUGCUUUUGUUUCUGGUAAGCUAGAUUGGGGUAACUAUCAAGAGCCUGGUGCCAUCGAGAAGAUGAAGAACGGGGUUUCCUGCGCUGACCUGCGUAUUAUUCGGCUCGUGGAUGGGGUUGGGCAUUGGACGCCCCAGGAAAGCCCAGAGGAGGUGGCACAGGCAAUUCUGGAUCUGAUCAGAGGUCUGCGCGACUAA